AAAACUUUUAAGUGGUCAUUUCAUAGUGUUUUAACUCUGCCAAGAAUCUCAACCCUUUCUUGAGAUACAGAAAGACAACGUUCUGUCUACAUCAUGGAAAAGUCUUUGCUUUUGUAUAUAUUUUUAUUCUGCUGGCAUUUCCUAAAUGCUUUAUUUACGGUUGAAGCUCCCCAGUCGCUCUACACUGUGGAACAUGGGAACAAUGUGACCAUGGAAUGCACAUUUCCAGUGCAUGGGAAAUUAAAGUUCAGAGACUUAAGUGUCAGCUGGGAAAAGAAAGACGAGUUAAAGAAGCAGGUUUAUGUACUUCUCCAAGGAGAGGAAGACUUCAAAAGUCAGCACAGUGACUUUAGGGGAAGAAUAAAAUUGUUGAAAGAGAAUCUGAACUUGGGACAGUCUCUCCUUCAGAUCACUGAUGUGAAGCUCAGAGAUGCAGGGUUUUACCGCUGUCUUAUUGGCUAUGGGGGAGCCGACUACAAGACAAUCAAUCUGAAAGUUAAGGCUCCUUAUAGAACUAUAACCCAAGGAGUGGUGAGCGCAGGAGACAACGAAUGGAAGCUGACAUGUCAGUCAGAAGGAUACCCACAAGCUGAAGUGAUAUGGCAAAACAGAGAAUAUGAAGAUUUGACUGAUAAGGCAAACACAAGUUAUGAAACUGGAAGUGACCAGCUGUAUCGUGUGACAAGUACCCUUACAAUCAAAAGUAGAAUUGAUGAGAUUUUUUACUGUAUAUUCUGGAAUAAAGAGCUGCAAGAAAAUACAUCUGCCAUUUUACACAUAGCAGAUUCAGCUGAUGGUGUUCUGUGGACUGACAGCAGACGCUUUGUUGGAGCAAUUCUCAUUGUGACUGCUUUCUUUGGAUCAGUGCUUCUAUUUAUGCUCUGCAUAAGAAAAGCUAGAGCAAGUAAGGACAACAGAACACCUGUGGCCAGGUCAUCAAUAGCAAAGCUGUCAAAAGAUAAGGAUACACGUGCCUGCAGAGAUGCUUCUUUUGAAGACAAAGAGCUGAAAUAUAUGCAAAUUGAGAAGACCUAGAGAAAGCAGGGGAAGCUUUUUUCCUCUGCGAUGAAAGUUUGACAGCUCAGAUGUUCUGUGUUCUGUCUAUUAAGGGGGAUAUUAAUGUUUUGUUUUUAUUCUGUGAUGGCAAUCUUCUCCCAUAUCGUCGUAACUCAGGAAAAACUGCAAUGAAGUUAGUAGAAUUAUUAUAACAUAAAAAGUCCUUGGAUUCGGGCUUCUGUCUAUGUGACUAGGUAUGGAAGUAUUCAUUUAAAUAUCCAAGUUUCUGCUUUCUCAAGUUUAUGCACUUUCAAAGACACAUUUCAUUAAAAAUUUCUCUAAGGUGAAGCACUUUAGGUCUAUGACCAUCAUGAAUUUCAUAGCUAGUUCUUGUAUAGGCCAUCUUCUGGGCUUUCCUUCCCCCACCCUGACCUGAGGUCUUGGUUCCCUGCAGAGAUUUUGUUUUGCAGCUUUUGAAGAAUUUUUUCAAUACUUUGAUCCUCAUAAAAGAUAAGGGUGCAACAAGACAACAUGCCAUACAGACAGGGCAUUUUCUGUCCUUACUGUAGAUCUUAAAAUACCACAUACAGUUAAGCCUGAAAUAGAUGCUGUAACCCUCUUGGCAACUAUAGUUUGGAAAUGAUUAGAUAAUACUAGGCUUCUUGAUCUCUGAAAAGUGUUUUGGGGAUUUAAUUUCCUUGUGAUAUAGCUGGCACUACUUGGUUACUGCUCAUUACUCUUCUGAUUUACCAUUUGGGGAUAAUGCAACUCUUCGGACAUUCAGGAAGAACAGCUCUUGAUUUGGACUGCCUUUUUGUUCAUCUUGAGAAUAGAAGAAAGAGAACCUUCUCACUUCUAGGACAUGAAAUACAUGCUCAUGUGAUUAGUUAAGAAAUGCUGAGGGAACGUGCUCCUGGAUUCCAUUUCUUAAGCUAUUGCUUUGUUACAUUUUGCUAGGUGUAUAGCUUUUUUGGGGGUCAUACACAGAUGAAAAUUAUUUAUUACAAUGCUAUUCACAAUUAUAUUUUUUUAAUA